AUGCUUGCUGCCGCGCCUCAGCGUGUUUGCUCUUUCUUAGCUGCCUUAGCUUUGUCCGCACGCUGCCCCCUCGAGUUUCCACGAAUGACGUUGUGGAUCUUGCUUUCAUGCCUCUCGGUACUCAUCCACGGUAACGAUGAGCUCUGUGAAACAACAGGAGAUGCUUCUACGCUGCUCCAGCACGAUGUGAACCGUUCCCGUCAGCAAGGUGCCUGGCAGGACUAUUGCGACAACUUGGCACGAUCUUCGGAGGAAACUCUAAUAUCUGGUGCACUACAGGCGAUACUCCGAAAUCCGAGGAGAUGGGUGUCCUCUCCCAGUACGUUGAAGACUUCGAUGCAUCUAGGUUGUUCGGGCUGA